AGCAUGAUUCAGUGAUUUAUGCUAUGCAAAAACACUAACCUAUAUCUACUGGGACUUCUACUGAGAACAUGCUCUAAUAUGUUGCGUCUUUAGUUUUUUUUACAGUUAAAUCAUAUGCUAGGGUAGCACGGUUUGGCAACGUAGCACAAAUAUGGUACUUUUUCUGGCACUUUUAUGUUUAAAUAUACACUCGUCAGAACACUGGUCUCGGCGACCUUCAGACACCAUAAACAGUAUAACCUACAUAUUCCACAUUUUUAUUUAGGUUUUUUUUAUUAUCUAAGUAUUAAACCGUUUUCACAUGAAACUUACUUAGAGAAAACCGUGAACAUGGCAACCCCAGCUGUCCCCUUGAAGAACGCGUAGUGAAGGUAACAAACGGAGGUGAGGAUUGAGACACGACCUCAAUCAUGGCGGAUAAUUUGGACGAUUUGCUGGACGAGGUUGAAGAGAAGUUUUGUCGAAAUGCUUCAGUUUCCGCUCGGCCUGCGCGUGAGAUUAAAUUGAAGCCGGAGAAUCUCAGAGUACGGAGGAGCGAGGAGUCCCUGAGCAGCCCUGUGAGAAAACAUGAAGCCUAUGGUGACGAUAUUGAGGCUGCGCUUCAGGAGAUUCUCGACAAUGAUGAUGAUGAUGACCAGACUGGCAGUUCAGAUAUACCUGCAACAGUGAGGAGCCAUGCUAAGGAUUCUUGUCCUCAAACAGCUUCAAAGAAAUGCUGCCCUGUGUUUCUGGGUGGGAGCUUGGUAACCAGUGGUGUCGGAACAAGCAUUUCACAAAGGGCAUGUGACCAACUAAGAUGCACGGCUUGCGACUUCGGCAUUGCCAUGUUUAAUGAUCAUGAGUGGGACUCUUCCUGUGACUAUCUGUUUUUCAGAAACAACAUGCCAGACCGCACCAAGUUACGAGCCAAGUUAAAGAGGCGGCAGGGUGCUCGGGCUUAUGCAUGCCAGUGCAGCUGGUACUCUGCCAACAGCCUCUCUGAAUUGAGGCAUAACCCCCAGCUAAAGUGGGUUUGUGGACAACACAGAGCAUGAUGAACUGGCGGCCCCUGGUGCAGCAAGCAAUUCAGUUUUAGUAGGAAUGAAAGUACCGGUACUGAUAAGCUCUCUAAUUGUCAGAAGAUGCUGGCCAUUUUCUGUCACUCACUCUUCAACGCCUUGUAUUGAAUUUUUUAACAUGAAUCACAUUAAUUAUGGGCUGCACUAAUGUGUAACACAUGCAUAGUUUUAUAAUGUUAAUUAAUUAGCAAAUGUGUGCAUGUUAUUUAAGUUACUAAUGAGAGAUCUUUUUCAGUUUUAUUGUUUAUUACAACUUUUACCUCUACAUACACCAUAAACCAUUAUGGAAACAUUCAAACCAAGUGUAGUUUUUCUCAGUUUAGCCACAAAGUAUAUCACUAGUUUAUGUAUAAAGGUUUUAUUCCAGGUGACUUAUAUAUAAGUGAGUCAAUUAGUAGACGGUCUAGCCCUGUAUUAUCUCUGAAACCUUUUGUAUUUAUUGAUUUGUUAUGGUAAAUCCUUGUUUUACUCUGAUAAACUGUACAGAGACCAAAGAAUUUAGUGUAUAGAGUAACUGUAAAUAAACUAUAUUUUAAACAUU